UAAUUUGAUUUGAAUAAAAUUAUGUGAGUCUGACUUUGAAAUAUAGCUAGAGACGUGCUUGCAGUGCACAACUGCACAGUAAAGAAAAGCCACAUCUGUUUCAUUCAGAUGAAAGGAUACUCUUCAGGGCGGCAAGAUGAGGCAAACAUGCCUUGGAUGGAUCUGCGCAGAAAUCACCUGCAAUUUGGCUGAUGUUGCGUGUGAGCGGCCCAUCCUGGUUACAACAGUCUAAGAACUGGAAACGGUCACGCUGCCCUAUUAUGAAAACAGUGCGGGGCAUUUGGAAAUCGAAGUAUUACACACGCACGCACACACACAAUGCAAUUAUCAGUAUGAUCACUGGACACAGCUUCAAAUAAAUUAAAAUAGGAGAGAAAGAGUUAAAGAGUUAGAGCACAAAAGAGGAGGACAAAACGCAACAGAAAGAAAAGAUACCAAAACAAAUGAACCAAGUCACAUCAUUUUUUCUUUCUUUCUUUUUUUUUGUGAAGUGUUCUUUGCUCUUUCCUGUCUGAGGCAAUUGGUUGUUUCUAAAGUGCUGUGUUUGAAGAGGAAGCGAUGACGUUAAAUAGCACCACUAUUUAAAAGAUGUUAAUGAUAAGGACACUUCUGAGACACUGGGACAAAACUGAUUCUAUAGGCUAUAUCUACGCUAAUGUGCUUGCCUGAGGAAAAAAUUAACAAGCAGUUGAGGAAAUAACAGAAACAACACUGUUAACUUUGAACCAAAUGGCCACUCUUGUUCCUGCAAAUCUCUCAGUCCUAUCCGGACCAGGUCAGUCCUCCAUCUCCCCCGCCGCACCUUCCUCAGCAUCCCUGCCCCUGUCCCAUCAGAUAGGGAUUGCUAUCCUGGUCAUCGCCUUCGUGUUUGGUUUCCCCGGGAACCUGUUCGUGGUGUGGUCGGUUCUGUGUCGAGUGCGUCGCCGCUCCGUCACCUGUCUGCUGAUCCUGAAUCUGGCCGUGGCGGAUGCGCUGGUUCUCCUGAGCGCUCCGCUGUUCCUCCGCUUCCUGGCGAAUGGGCUACACUGGGAGUUUGGGGCCGCCCUGUGUAAGACGGUCCAUUACCUGUGCUGCGUCAACAUGUACGCCUCCAUCUACCUGAUCUGCCUGAUGAGCAUGGACCGCUGGCUGGCCGUCACAAAGCCGUUUCUGUCUCAGAGGUUGAGGACCAAGAAAAGGCUCCUGUCCGUCAUGUUGGGCAUCUGGGUGAUGGCUUUUCUGAUGGCUUUGCCCAUGCCAUUCUAUCGUAUCGUGAAGCCAUUCCGUCCAAAUCUGCAUGUGUGUAUGCCCUACCACUGGGAGAGCGACGUUCAUGAAAUCUUUCAGUACCUUUUUGAGACUAUCCUGGGCUUCCUGCUGCCCUUCAGCUUCAUCCUGUUCUGCUACAUCUCAGUGAUCUGUCGGCUGCGUAGUGCAAUGUUCCAGCGCAAAGGAAGAGGAAACGCUCUCAUCCUCCUCAUCAUCGUUGCGUUCAUCAUCUUCUGGCUGCCGUAUCACCUCAUCAACAUCCUACAGGUGAUUGGUGUGAUCCAGGGCUCCUCCUCUUCUGUUUUAAAAGUGGCAAAAGUGGCCCGUCCCAACGUGACGGCGUUCGCCUUCAUGAGCAGCAGUGUGAACCCCGUCCUGUACGUGUUUGCUGGCAGCUCUCACAUCCGUCAGGCUGGUCUGGGCUUCAUGGCCAAACUCUUUGAAGGAACCAACUCGGAGUCGGCCUCCACCCGCAGCAGUCGCGGCUCUAAUGCAGAGAGCUCUGUUUUCACCAAGCUGUCCUUCAAACUGAAUCGUAAAGGGGACGGGUUGAGAGACGAGACCCCUGGUGGUGAAGACGAGACCAUGGCAGACGUACAAAAGAGAGAUGAGAUGAAGACUCUGACCACCCUGCAUUAAAGUGCUCAUAUCUAUUCCCCUGAGGUCCAUUUACAAUGUUAGAAAAUGUUGUUGGACUUUCAGUAUCCCAACUGAAAUAUCAUCUUCUGCUGCUUAUUUUCUCUGUCUAAAAACUUGAUUGGAAUGUGAGUAUUAAAAGAUUUUCCUUGUGAAAAAUUGUGAGUUUGUUUUGUUUCCUACUCCUGCUGUUUCAUGUAUGUUUUUGUUUGCUUGUUUAUAAAACAUGAAUACGUUUGCAUGUAAACACAUCCUCGUUCAUUUGCUUAUGUCCCUGUGACAGUUAACUGUUCAGGCUGGACUAUAUUUACAUCUCUGACAUGAAAUAGAAGGACAGUGAGUGUUAUUGAUGAAGUCAUAUUCCAUUACAUACAAGUCUUGUUUGUUAGUCUUAUUAGUUUGACUCCUAAAAACAAACAACGUACAAAAAAUAUUCAAUGCAAUAUGUUUUUUUAUUUGUUUGUUUUUUGUUUCUUUACAAAACUGUCUUUUAUAUAUAUA